UUUAGUGAUGAAAUGCCAAGCCCGUCGCCGCUCUCAACGAUGUCCCAAACUUUUACCCGCCGCCCGCGCAAACACGGCAAGGCAGCAAGCAGACAUGCUUACUAUGAUGGGCAGUCAAGCUUCAAUACUCAGUACAGCUAAAGCACAACGAACAGGGGAGAAGAGCGAGGAUGCAUAACAAAUUCCCCUUCAACUCGAGUUUUCAGAGUACGCUCAAUCUCCUCUCCUUUGCCCUCCAAUUCAUCUUCCUUCAUGAUGAAAUUAAUUUCAGAGCUCUUCUUAUAUGUUGGAUGUUUUUUCCCUUUUCUUUUUUGGCGAGGGGGGCCUAUGGAAUUCCCCCUCUUUCUGGAAAUUCGUUGCUAGUUUCUUGAAUGAGCAAAUUGAUUGUAUUCUAUUAUGUGGACCAUGAACUGUUAUUUCCUUAAUUCUUUACGGAGUUUUCUUUGCUCUCCUCUUAAACCCUUUGCUACUAUUACCCAUUUGUUCACUUCUACCAAAUGUAUUAACACAUCGGUUAAGUGUAUAAGCGACCUACGAACCAAUGAUGUUUCUGGGUUUAUUCAAAAUGGGAGUGGCAACACUUCAUCCAUUUCCUAUUCCAAGCUUUUAUUAGAGUUUACUGCUUCCAAGGAUGUAAAAUCAGGCAUGGAAAUCCAUGCUCGUAUGAUCAGGUUAGGAUUGUGUACAGAUACAGGGGUAAGGAACAAAUUGAUAAACUUGUACUCAAAAUGUCAGUGUUUUCCAGCUGCUCGAAAACUUGUUAUGGACGGUACCGAGCCAGAUUUAGUUUCUUGGUCUGCUUUGAUAUCUGGGUAUGCUCAGAAUGGUCGUGGAGAAGAAGCCCUUUUGACCUUUUAUGAAAUGCAUUUGUUGGGAGUGAAGGGCAAUGAGUUCACUUUCCCUAGUGUUUUAAAAGCCUGUUCUUUAACGAGGAACUUGGAACUGGGGAAGCAGAUUCAUGGGAUUGCUUUAGUGACAGGUUUUGAAUCUGAUGUGUUUGUUGCCAAUACUUUGGUUGUUAUGUAUGCUAAAUGUGGGGAGUUUAGUGAUUCGAAGAAGCUGUUCGAGGAAAUUCCAGAACGAAACGUCGUAUCUUGGAAUGCUUUGUUUUCUUGUUAUGUGCAGAUUGAUUUCUUUUCAGAAGCGAUUAAUUUGUUUCGAGAAAUGGUUUCUACUGGACUUACUCCAAAUGAAUUUAGUCUCUCCACUGUAUUAAACGCUUGUGCUGGUUUGGAGCACAUCGAUUCCGGAAUGGAAAUUCAUGGAUACUUGAUAAAGCUUGGGUAUGAUUCUGAUCCCUUUUCUGCUAAUGCACUUCUUGACAUGUAUGCUAAAGCUGGAUGUCCUGAAUCUGCAAUAGCCGUGUUUUAUGAAAUCCCGAAACCUGAUAUCGUUUCAUGGAAUGCUGUAAUUGCUGGCUGUGUUCUUCAUGAGUAUAAUGAUUUAGCUCUUAAAUUGUUUGGGAUGAUGGGAAGCUUUAGAGUGAGUCCUAACAUGUUUACCCUAUCAAGUGCUCUUAAAGCUUGUGCUGGGUUAGGGCUUAUCAAAAUAGGUAGACAAUUGCACUCUGCCUUGAUGAUGAUGAAUAUGGAUUCAGAUUCAUUUGUGGGUGUUGGAUUGAUAGAUAUGUAUUCGAAAUGUGGUUUACUGCAAGAUGCACGGAAGGUGUUUGAUCUAAUUCCUAAAAGGGACUCGAUCGCAUGGAAUUCUAUUAUUUCCAGUUACUCCAAUUGUGGGUAUGAUAUGGAAGCUAUAUCCCUCUUUACAAUGAUGUAUAAAGAAGGUUUAGAAUUCAACCAGACCACAUUGUCAACAAUCCUCAAAUCUUCAGCUGGCUCGCAGGCCAUUGCGUUUUGCGAACAAGUUCAUGCGAUAUCGAUCAAAUCAGGUUACCAAUAUGAUGGUUACGUAGCAAAUAGCCUGCUCGAUUCUUAUGGAAAAGGCUGUCGAUUAGAAGAGGCAGAAAAAGUUUUUGAAGAGUGUCCUGCUGAAGAUUUGGUGGCGUAUACGUCAAUGAUUACUGCUUACUCCCAAUAUGGCUUGGGAGAAGAGGCUCUAAAAAUGUACUUGCGUAUGCAAGAACGAUGUUUGAAGCCCGAUGCGUUCAUCUUCAGUUCUCUUUUCAACGCAUGUGCGAAUUUAUCAGCAUACGAGCAAGGAAAACAAAUCCAUGUCCAUGUCCUGAAAUGUGGGUUGCUCUCAGACGUUUUUGCUGGAAAUUCACUUGUUAAUAUGUAUGCAAAAUGUGGAAGCAUAGACGACGCGACAAGCAUUUUCUCUGACAUACCAUGGAGGGGAAUUGUAUCUUGGUCAGCGAUGAUCGGUGGACUUGCUCAACACGGCCACGGGAAAAAAGCCCUCCAACUGUUCUAUCAGAUGCUUAAAGAUGGCAUUCCUCCAAAUCACAUAACCUUGGUCAGUGUCCUUUCUGCAUGCAAUCAUGGUGGUUUGGUAACCGAGGCUCGUAGAUUUUUCGGAUUAAUGGAGGAACUGUUUGGAAUUAUACCAACGCAAGAGCACUACGCUUGUAUGGUUGAUAUCCUGGGUCGAGUUGGAAGAUUGGACGAGGCAAUGGAGCUUGUGAAAGAGAUGCCAUUUCAAGGCAAUGCUGCUGUUUGGGGGGCACUGCUAGGUGCUGCAAGAAUUCAUAAGAACAUCGAGCUUGGCCGACAGGCAGCCGAGAUGCUCCUAACCCUUGAGCCCGAAAAAUCUGGAACUCAUGUACUCCUAGCCAACAUCUAUGCAUCCACAGGAAUGUGGGAUAAUGUUGCAAAGAUAAGAAAAAUGAUGAAAGACAGCUUAGUGAAGAAGGAACCAGGAAUGAGUUGGAUUGAGGUGAAAGAUAAGGUGUACACCUUUAUUGUUGGAGAUAGAAACCAUCCUAGAAGUAUCGAAAUAUAUGCAAAGGUUGACGAGUUACGGGAGCUUCUGAGUAAAGCGGGGUAUUUUCCGAUGAUCGAGACCGAUCUGCAUGACGUCGAACAAACUGAAAAAGAAGAACAUCUAUGGCAACACAGCGAGAAACUGGCUGUGGCUUUUGGAUUGAUUGCAACUCCACCAGGGGCUCCCAUCAGAGUUAAGAAGAAUCUGAGAGUAUGUAUUGAUUGUCAUACUGCAUUCAAAUUCAUAAGCAAACUCGUUGCGCGGGAGAUUAUUGUAAGAGACUUAAACAGAUUCCACCAUUUCAGGGAUGGCUCUUGCUCCUGUGCUGAUUAUUGGUAAAUUUUUUUAAGUUUUGAUUCUUAUUUAGACAACAACAAGAAGUAUACUAAAGAUCUAAUAAUAUGAUAACAAAAGUUGUUGAUUCUUCU